GUCUCCCGCGCGUUGACCGUCACAUGCGCGGCGCGCCACGUCACCUGCGCGGCGGCAAACGGCGCCGCGCAGCAGCAGUGGACGGUGAAAGCUCUGGAGAGCAAGAGCAUCGCGGACCUGCGAGCUCUGGCGAAAGAGCGUGGAUUGCGGGGCGACACGAGGGCAGAGCUCAUCACACUGCUGACGUCCACAGGAAACGUCACCGCAAGUUCCGCCUCCGCAGUUUCCGCCCCCGCUUCCACCCCCGCUUCCUCUUCCGCCAGCGCGGCGGGCGCGGCGGGGCAGCAGCAGCGGCAGCGGCAACUGGAUGUGCUUCCGCUGGCGCAGCUGCGCGCAAUGGCGCGGAGCAGAGGACUCAGCGCGUCCGGGAGCAAGGCGCAACUAGUUAAGGACCUAUUAAUUGCGGAACUCGGCAGUGCUCCUUCCGUUCCUCCUCCCUCCGCCUCCGCCUCCCGUGUUUCCCCCGCCACAUCCGCCGCCUCCGCCCCCUCCUCCGCCUCCGCUUCCCCUUCCGCCCCCGCGCCCGCUUCCCCGAGUAAGACGUGGAAGAACCAGCUGCAGGCGCAGCCCCUUUCCGCCCUGCGCGCGCUUGCGCGGGAGCGGGGGCUGCGCGGAGACACGCGCGCGGAGCUGAUAACGGUGCUCAGUAUGGACCCGCCCGCAGGCUCGGAACUGCCGGGCCUGGUGCCGAACCUGCCAGCUUCGUUCGACCUGCCGUUCCAAUCGGAGGUGCAGGCUGGGAGCAGCGCGCUGGAGCCCUCACAGGCGGCCAAGCUAGCUUCGGAGCUAGCGUCUCUCUCAGCAACAAUGCAGGUGCUGCAGUCGAAGCAAGCGACACUGUCAGGAGAACGAGACAGCCUCAAGGAGCAGGCGGACCUGCUAAGGAACGUGCUCGUGGGUGGGCUUGGACUCGCGCUCAUCCCGCUGCUGCUGCCGCUGCAAGCAACCAACACGGCUGUGCAAGGCACUGUUACUACCGCCACGAGUGUAACCCAGACGCUGCCUCCCCCAGCGCCACCUGCGCCUGAAGUGAGGGAGCUGGCACCAGAGGAGUUCUGCCGCACACUCCCGGCCUCUCUGCUCUCCCCCGACCUUGCAAGAUUCUGCCAGGCUGUCAACAACAUGAACCUCUGA